AUGGGGAAGCGGGUAUCUACAGUUCAGGACUGUCAAAAUGAGAUCUCUGCAGAUUUCUUCCUGCACCUUUCACUCAUACCAGCAGUGCUGAUCCUAGGAGUGCUCUCGUUCCUGCAGAAAAGAGCCAAAAUGCUGGCCAUUGACCACAAGCUGCCCUUCCUAGGGCGACGUUUUGCCAUCGUUGUCCCUUUGGAUACUAUGGGCAGCUUCAGUAGCCGCUGGUCCUAUGGGUUUGCGUUUGGUGCUGUGUCCAGCAGCGUCUUGCUGCUCUUCUCUGAGCGUUACAUUCCCUUCUCUGUCCCGACCUGGGCCAGAGCUAUAGUGUACUUGGUUGGAGCUUUAGAAGUGGGCCUGGUCUAUUUCCCUUUCUUUGCCUGUCUAUCCACACCUUUCAGAAUAGCUGGGUCUGCCAUGGGAAUACUCUACUCUCUGUCCUGGAUCAUCAUCGUAGUGUGGGAUUCUUUCACCUGCCCUGACGGUAAGACUAUGGGUAAAUACCAGAAGAUAAUUGUCCAGUGGCCCUGCGUCCUCUCCCUCAUCUUCCUCUUGGGACGAUUUGUCUACAUGCUGGUUAAAGCUGCUCGAAUACAAAUGCAACUGGAACAAGAGGACCCUGAGGAGCUGAUUGAGCAGCACCAGGUGCAGUAUGUUAAAAGGCUGUUGAGAAAAACACAUGCACACAGUAAGCCACUCAGCUGGUUCCAGAGCAGAGUGUAUGAGUGGGACCCCUACUUCAAGUUUCCCAACAGGAUCAUCGGAACUACCAUUAUUUCCCUUAUAGGCCUAUACACAAUGACCCUGGCAGACUACAGUCUCAGUAGUGCUGUCUUUGACCAGGCAGACAAGUGGAAGGAUACACUAAAACAGCUGGUUAUCGCUUGCAAUGAAACUGAAGCUCUGGGAGCCAUGAUACCACAGCUGGAAGAAUUUUUUCAUGUGGCUAGGAGGUCUUGGCUAACCACCACUAUCUUUGCUAGUCUCAACUCUGUUGCCUACACCUUCNCAGUGCUCUGAUUCUCUAGGAAACACUUGAAAAGACUGUGGAAAGGACAGAGGAAUUUUCUUCCUGAGAGGUUUCACAAGCCUCAAUCUGCUCUCAGUGUAGCUUCCAUUGCAAGAUACUCUGGAUGGCAAAUAGCAUUUACACUAUGGGGCUACCUGAUUGUCCAUUUUGUACAAUUCCUGUUUGCCCUGCUGCUUGUCUAUGCCCUGGUUCUUCCUGUACAACAUGGAAAAGUACUGCAGAUGCUCACCAAUCUGGGAAUUAUAGUUCUGACCAUCGGUCUGGUGGUGGGCUUGGUGAUUCUCCAGAUAGUUCUGGUCCAGAUCUUCUUCCUUCAGGAUAAAAUGUCUCCAGCUGAUAAACGGAAACCUCUGGCUAUUAACAACAGGAAGGCGUUCCACUGCUUCAACUACUUCUUCUUUUUCUAUAAUGUGGUGAUGGGAGUAAGCAACUGCAUAGUGAGGCUGCUGUGCAGCAUUGUGGUGGGAACAUGGCUGGUGUCCCGUAUUGAUCGAACCAUCAUGCAGAGAGGAUAUGAAACCAUGGACGCGGGGUAUAGUACCUGGAUUGGGAUGAUCUUUGCUGACCACUAUCAUAGCAACCCAGUCAUGGUGUGUUUCUGCCAGCUACUGCUCUCCAAAAUGCACGAGAGACCCACUGUGUCUACAUACUCCACAUUCAACAAUACACUAUAUGAACCCCCUGUGAAUAGCCGGGUCAGGAGGCGUUGGUUAUUGUUUUAUACCUUGUUGCGAAACCCUCAUCUGAUCCUGCUCAGAAAGCACCACCUCUCCUCAUCUUCCUCACUGCAGGCAUCCUCAUCUCCCCAAUCAGACACAGUGGUGCGGGCUUGGGUCAUGGCGUCUCAAACACAGAGGGGCCAAGCUGCAUCACAAUCGCUACCAGAAAUUGCAGUCACACCAGCAUCAGACUGUUAAAAAAAAAAAAAUCCACAGACUCUCAAUGAUCAGAACUGAACUGCUGCAUUAUAUAUACAGUCAAGAUUAAAUAUGAACUUUUGUACAUCAUCACAGCAGCUUCCAUAAAAUCAAUUCUGGACAAGGGUGGUGUGCCCUACAGUUUCAGUAAAAUGGUAUGCUUGUCAUUCUAGAUCUGUGUUAUUAAAUCUGGUUAUACAAGUCUAUUCAUAACUGCUGUGUAUAGCCUAAUAGGUGUUGGAAGUCAUGCAUUUUAUAGAGCUCUGUAUUUACUGGGCCCAUGUUUGUAUUCAAAAUGUUGCGAAUAUAGCAAAUUCUUUUGCUUGGAAAUAAAACCAAAAUUGUAAAGUGACAUGAAAUUGGUGUUAUUAACUUACAAGGCGUCGAGGUGUUUUUAAUUCACUUUUUAAAGAAUCUAAUGGCUGUACUGUACAAUAAUGGCAAAAUAAACGCGCUAAAAUUUCCGACCUCACUUAAAGGCAACAUAUUUUACUAUUUAGCUAAAAUAUUCAUCCUUCAUCCGUUUUCGAAAAGAUCGCGUAGUAUAGUUUUUUUUUUUUUUUUUUUUACUAGAUUAGAUUA